AAUUAUGAACGACUAAGACGUGACUUGCAAUUACUAUGUCAAAUUCGAAUAGCUUCCUCCGCUUGACGGCGGUGCUGCGGCUUUUUUGCGGCGGCGGUGGUGCGACUUUUUUGUGGCGGCCGCAUUUUUAUAUAAGGGUUUCGGAGAGAACGAAGAUGAAUGAUUUUGAAGAAAUAUGGGCGAAAUUAUCUGAUGUGGUUUAUAAUGGCGGCCAGACGUAUGGUUUUAAUUCACGAUGCAAUUGCGGUCUGAAAGUAUGGUUUUAAUUCACAUUGCAGCUGUGGAAUCAACCACAUCAAAUUCAACAAUAUUGCUGCUACAGCAUGUGGGAAGACUUGGACUAAGCUGUUCAAUUGAGUUUGGAAUUUGAUAAAUUGAAAAUGAUUGGUGCAAACUGACACAAACACAAUGGAGAACAAUCAUAAGGUGUUAAUGCUAAUAUUCUUUUGCUCCAUUCUGCCUAUUUUCUCUGAACAGAACACUCUUGCUCCAAAUCAGUUUAUCCGAUAUCAUGAAACAAUUGUUUCUGCAGGUGGAAUCUUUGAAGCAGGAUUUUUCAAUUUUGGAGAUCCACAACGCCAAUACUUUGGUAUAUGGUACAAGAGCAUAUCACCUAGGACUAUUGUGUGGGUUGCCAAUAGAGACACCCCUGUACAUAACUCAACAGGAUUGCUGAAACUCAAUGAUCAGGGAACUCUUGUUAUUCUUGAUGACUCAAAAGGCGUUGUCUGGUCCUCCAAUUCAUCGAGAAUUGUGGUGAAACCAGCUCUUGUGCAGUUGUUGGAUUCAGGAAACCUUGUUGUGAAAGAUGCAAACAGCAGUGGGAACUUUUUUUGGGAAAGUUUUGAUUAUCCCGGUAACACUUUCCUUGCUGGAAUGGAGCUGAAAAGUAAUUUAGUUACUGGUCCAUAUAGAUAUCUCACAUCUUGGAGAAGCCCUGAAGAUCCUGCUGAAGGUGAGUGUUCAUAUCGGAUAGAUUCACAUGGUUUUCCUCAACUGGUUACUGUUAAGAGGGGAAUAUUUCUGUAUAGAAUAGGGUCAUGGGAUGGAUUUCUUUUCACAGGUGUUUCCUGGCAUUGGCAUAGAUUGCAAAGUCUCUUUAAUUUCUCAGUAGUUUUCACCAACAAAGAAUUCUCUUAUCAAUAUGAAACUAGCAACCGUUCAACUUUAAUUAGAUUGGUGCUGGAUUCUUAUGGAAAUACACAGCGUCUUGUAUGGUCAGAUAAGACCCAAAUUUGGGAGGCUAUAGCUUCUCGUCCUAUAGACCAGUGUGAUGAUUAUGUCUUGUGUGGUAUCAACUCUAACUGCAAUAUUAAUGACUUUCCAAUAUGCGAAUGCUUGGAAGGUUUCAUGCCAAAAUUUCAAACAAAGUGGGGGUCAUCAAAUUGGUCUGAUGGUUGUGUAAGGAGAACGAAAUUGAAUUGUCUCAAUGGAGAUGGAUUUCUGAAGUACACAAACAUGAAAUUGCCAGACACUUCAUCGUCCUGGUAUGACAGAAGCUUGAGCCUUGAGGAAUGUAAGACAGUGUGUUUGAAAAACUGUUCUUGCGCUGCAUAUGCAAAUUUAGAUAUCAGAGAUGGUGGUAGUGGAUGCUUACUUUGGUUUGACAACAUUGUGGACAUGAGAAAACAUCCAGACCAAGGACAAGACAUUUACAUACGACUUGCAUCUUCAGAAUUUGAUCAUAUAAAGAAUAAGAGGAACUUGAAGCGUGUUGGAAUUCUUGUUGGAGUUAUUGCAUUCAUCAUAGGACUUACCGUUAUUAUUUUGGUCAUAUCAGCAUCUAAAACGAAGUUUGGAGGUAUAAAAAAGCUAUUUUACAAGGAGAAGGAGGAUGGUGACUUGGCCACACUAUUUGAUUUUUCAACCAUCACUAAAGCAACAGAUCACUUCUCUAACAGAAACAAGUUAGGAGAAGGUGGUUUUGGAACAGUGUACAAGGGCAUAUUGGUAGAUGGCCAAGAGAUUGCUGUUAAGAGGCUAUCUGAAACAUCAGGACAAGGAAAUGAGGAAUUCAAAAAUGAAGUAAAAUUGAUGGCAACACUUCAACACCGAAAUCUUGUAAAACUUCUUGGUUGCUCUAUUCAACAUGAUGAGAAGUUGUUGAUCUACGAGUUCAUGCCCAACAGAAGCUUGGAUUACUUUAUUUUUGAUACUAUGCGAAGUAAAUUACUAGAUUGGACAAAGCGCUUGGAAAUUAUUGAUGGGAUUGCUCGGGGGCUGCUGUAUCUCCAUCAGGAUUCUACGCUUAGAAUCAUACAUAGAGAUCUCAAGACAAGCAAUAUUCUUCUUGAUAUUGAUAUGAUCCCAAAGAUAUCAGAUUUUGGUCUAGCCAGAUCAUUUAUGGGAGAUCAAGCCGAGGCUAAUACAAAUAGAGUGAUGGGAACAUAUGGAUAUAUGCCUCCAGAAUAUGCAGUGCAUGGAUCUUUCUCAACAAAAUCUGAUGUUUUUAGCUUUGGAGUCGUAUUACUUGAGAUAAUUAGUGGUAGGAAGAAUCGUGGAUUUUGUGACCCUCUACACGAUCUAAACCUUCUUGGUCAUGCAUGGAGACUAUGGGUUGAAGAUAAGCCACUGGAGUUGAUGGAUGAAAUAUUAUAUGAUGCAGCCAUAUGUUCAGAAAUAAUAAAAUUUAUUCAUGUGGCUCUACUGUGUGUACAAGAGAAACCAGAAAAUAGGCCUAACAUGUCAUCUGUGGUUUUUAUGUUAAAGGGUGGAAAGUUACUCCCCAAACCAAGUAAGCCUGGGUUCUAUGCAGGAAGAGAUGAUACAAAUUCUUCAAAGGGAUGUUCAAUAAACGAAGCAUCGAUCUCGUUAGAGGCCCGAUGACACUUACAUGUGCUGAAAUUUGGUUUUGCAAAUAUGUAGAUAGAUUGAGAAUAGAAUACUAGUGUGUUGUACAUGUGUAAUUUUAUGUUAGUAUGAUUCUAGUAAACUCCUAAAGUAAAUAGCUUGUUUGAAAGGAGAUGACAUUUAUAUCUGAUACUAAAAAUAAAUUAUUGUUCCAUGUAAUAGAAUUUUAAGUGAAAAUUUGAAAAUAUACAUAAGUUACUGGCUUAGUCCAAAUUAAA